AUGGGCGACCGCCACCACGCCAGCGCUGUCUAUUUCUACGCCCCGCAUCCGCUAACCGCUGCCGCCUAUCCAGACCACGGGCUCGUCCAAGGGCGCUCUCCGCGACGCGCCGUGCACUCGCCCGCCGCCCUCGCCGUCCACGGCUGGUCUCCGCUGCCGGGCUCGUGCUCGCCAUUGAACCCGCUGCGCUCGCUCAAGCACUGCCGCCACCCCCCGUCGGCCCUGCCCUCGCCGCCGACGCCGUCGACCCGCCUGCAUCUCGCGCGCAGCGACCCAACGCACCCCCUCGCCGCCGCCCCGCCUGCGCCCGCCACCGCCGUCGUGUCUCCGCACUACAGCCCGCCACCGCAGCGGGAAGAGCCCCGUUCUGUGCCCCAGAAGCUCUUUGUCAAAACGGCGCUCACGCGUCAGCAGCUCGAUGGGCAGAGCGAGCCAGCGUCCAGCGUGCACACCAGCGCGCCCAAGAUGACAUCAAGCCACGUGCGGAACGGCAACUCCGCCGCAGGCAAGCGCGAUGAUGCCAGCAGCACGCCCCAGCGCCUCCAGCGCCCCUCGAUAGUGUCCCAGCACUCCAAUUCGGUGCCGUCGACGCCCUUGCAGCUCGCCCGCAAGUACGAGUCGCGCUCGCGCUCCCCGUCCCCCAACAGUGGCUUGGGAAGCCACUCGCCGCGCUCCGUGUCGUCCGAGGCCAACAGCACCAUGCCAACCCUGCGUCUGGGGCGGCCUUUCAAGUGCAAGUACGAGACGAACGCGGGCUCCUUAGGGCGCAGACGGAUGCCGUACGAAUCGUCGGAAAUCCUCGAGUUGGCGAAAGAGGCCCCUAAAAAGGCAUUGGACCCCCACGAAGACGACAAGCUUAGUGGUGACAUGCGUGAACUGUACGACCGGUUACAGCCCAGCCUAGACAAUACUCGCAAACGCGAUCUUUUCGUCCAGAAGGUGGAACACAUACUCGAGGCUGAAUUCCCUGGACAUUUGUCCAAGGUGCACGUUUUCGGCUCCUCGGGCAACAUGCUCUACACUACGGACAGUGAUGUCGACAUUUGUAUCCAAACCCCCAUGGUCUCUCUGGAAGAGGUGCAUCCGCUCGCCGAGGCCCUAGACAAGCACGGGAUGGAACGUGUAGUCUGUAUACCACAGGCCAAGGUCCGCAUAGUAAAGGUCUGGGAUCCCGUACUGGAGCUUGCCUGCGACAUGAACGUGAACAAUGUAGCAGCGCUCGAGAACACGCGCAUGAUAAGGACCUACAUCCAGAUCGACGAGCGCGUGCGACCAUUGGCUAUGAUCAUCAAACAUUGGACAAAGCAGCGUCUUCUCAACGAUGCUGGCAUCGGCGGAACAAUCAGCUCGUACACCUGGAUCUGUUUGAUUAUCAACUUCCUCCAAACUCGAGACCCGCCAAUCCUGCCGGCCUUGCACAACCUUCCUUUCCGAGAGAUUGACAGUCUCACAGGCCUGCCGUCACACUCUGGCUUUGCUGAUGAUGUCAAGAAGCUCCGCGGUUUUGGAGAUGCAAACAAGGAAACAGUCGGACAGUUGCUGUUCCACUUCUUCCGGUUAUACGGACAUGAGAUAGACUACGAGAAAGAGGCCAUCUCGGUUCGGCAAGGAAAACGCAUCGCACGAGAAGAAAAGGGCUGGCAUCCAGGAGGUGGGCAAAAAGAAGGCACAAAUCGACUUUGCGUAGAAGAGCCGUUCAACGUCGAGCGCAACCUGGGAAAUUCUGCGGACGACUAUGCUUGGCACGGACUGCACCUAGAAAUUCGGCGAGCGUUCGCUUUGCUCGCUGAUGGACAGCAGCUUGACAAAGCUUGCGAGCAGUAUCAGUUCCCGGUUGAGGGAAAGCCCAACCCUCUGCUUUUCCAGAAACCGACUUCAAAGAAGGCUACACUUACUUCCAGUGUUCCAAUUAGGAGUAGCCGAGGAGGUUCGGGCCAUCGUGGUGGAAGAGGCGGAUUCAGCAUCAAGGGACAGCACAAUAAUGGCAGCCGCAGGUCAUCUGGUAGCCAACCUUUUGCCCAAGGACGGCCGGGUUUCUUGCAUAGUCCACCGAUCCAGCAUGGGUCUGGCCAGGAAUACUUUACCGUUCGAGGGAUUCAUGAUCAGUUGCAUGAUCAGCUGUAUCAGCAGUAUCAGAUGCUAGAGAUGCAGUCGAACUCGUUGCGCGCUCAACUAGCAGCCCAACAGCAUGCUCAACAAGCGCACCGUGCAGCCCAGAUGCACGCACAUGCUGUCGCGCAGGCACAAGCACAACACUUUGCCCCCAAUAGCGCGAAUGGAUCUCCACAGAAGUCGCCAUAUGUCAACGGGAGAUCAAGUCCCAGAUUGGCUGAUCUUAACAUUCCACCAAAUGCUCUUCCUCAGGGAUUCAUGUACCCAUAUUCUGGCUUCUUCAACACACAGCACGCAACUGCUGCUCAAGAUUCAGUGCGGACAAAUCCAUCAUCCCCCUCAUUGAGCAAUAGCAUGCCUGGAGCACGUCGAGUCGUCCACCGGGCCUCGAAUGCUAGCGACACAAGCGUUAGCCGCUCUCAGUCACAACCUGCUCGUGGUCUACCACAACAGCCUGUAUUGGCUAGCUAUCCCCCAAUGCCUCAAUUUUAUGACCCUUCCACAUUCGGCGGAUAUCCUGUCGCAAAAUCAUCUCAGAAUACGUCCGAGACGCACUCUACCUCCGACUCGCACUCAAGCCCGCCUUCUCACAAUGCUGAACCCGCAGGUUCAGCAAUGUCCAGCACACCAAAAGAACAUGUAGGCUAUUAUGUCUCCGACCAGUCUCCACGUUCGCUUCAAGAGUAUGUCGUUGGCGCCAUACCAUCAUUCAGCGAAUUGGCGCAAAGAAAGAAGCGAGUAUCCCAAGAGAUCACCCAGCCCCUUCUCAACACUGCACUGCGGCGGGUCUCUCGUUCGCCCUCACCACUUCGAGGACAUGUUCACAACGACUCGAAAGGACCGGUCCCGACCUUGCCAACCGACGAGGAACGCAGAGUCCGCGUAGAUUACGUUCGCCCACCUCUUGAUCUUGGGCCUGUCAUCGUGAACGGCUCGUUUCCAACGCCGCCUCGUGAUCAACACAGGAAUGAACUGCCAGACGGUGUUACAACUGACAACCUUGCCUCGUCCCCUGUCAGCGCUUAUGCAGGCCAACCAGGCUUGCAGCAGAACACGCAACAGCAAAUCAAGGAGCUCCAAGUUCGACAGCAACUUGUACUCGAGGAGAUGCGGAGACAGAGUACAGUAAACUCGACGAGCAGCCCAGUCGCAAACGGCUCGACAAAGGGCAACUCCCAGGCUGACGCCAACAAUUGGAUACUUGGAGCGAGCGAAGAUCAACGGCCUUGCGCAGAUGCUUCCAAACAUACCCUAGAUUCCGAUGCUGAUAAAAUCCAGCAUGCACACAUCGAGGACGUUUCUCCCCAGCGAGACGUUCCCCCAUGGCGAACUACAGCCUUGCCGAAUGGUCUUUCCUCUUUGGAUACGGCGAAUGCUUCUCGUGCCUUACCCCAGGAGAUCAAGACAGCUAACUUGCCGCUGCUCUCACCAGUUUUCGAAAAACGCACGCCUUCGCCGACUGCCAAUAGGCAGACAGAACACAAGACAGUGAGUAGUGGCAAGGGCCAGCAGAAAGAGACCAGUCAACAGCCUCGUCGAGCAUCACUUUCCAAAACAGUCCCUUCCAAGGACAAUACUCGCAACGCCCAAAGUAAACUAAACGAAAAAAGUCAAAAGCCGAGCUCGUCCACCAGCAAUUCUGGGUCGUGGCAGAACCCACAGGGUCGAAGGAAGAAGAACAACCGGAAGAAGACGACAGAGCAAAAGUCGACAGGCGAACCAUUGCCUACGAAUUAUUCAGAGCGUAAAGGAGGAUAG